AUGACCCUGAACACGCAGCCCGGGAGCAGGAGCCCGCUGCGGCGGAGGGCCAGCACCCCGCUCCCGCGGCCGGGUGGCUCUGGGGCCGCUCCGCGGGGUGAGCCCUGUCACCCCCAGCUCGGCCACACCGCCUCCGAGCCGGGCUGCAGGGCCCCCCGCGGCAGCUGGUCCCCCGACUCCUCGGGCUCCCUAAGGCUCAGGGAGCCCCGGUACCGAGUGGUGCUGCUGGGUGACCCCGGCGUGGGGAAGACCAGCCUGGUCAACCUCUUCGCCGGCGUCCAGGAGAGGGACCUGCUGGACCAGCACGGAGGGGCCGCGUACGAGCGCAGGCUGACCGUGGAUGGCGAGGAGACCACGCUGCUGGUGCUGGACACCUGGGAGCCAGAGCAGCGGGGUGAGGAGAGCCAGCGCCGUAGCCACUGUCUGCAGGUAGGGAACGCCUACAUCAUCGUUUACUCUGUCACUGACCGGGACAGCUUCGAGAGCGCCUCAGAGCUGCGCAUCCAACUGCGCCGCGCGCGCCAGGCUGAGGACAUCCCCAUCAUCCUGGUGGGGAACAAAACUGACCUGGUGCGGUGCCGAGAGGUGUCUGAGGAAGAGGGCCAGGCCUGCGCCGCCGUCUUCGACUGCAAGUUCAUUGAGACGUCAGCAGCUCUGCAGCACAACGUGGCUGAGCUCUUCGAGGGGGUGGUGCGGCAGAUCCGCCUGCGCCAAGGGGGCAAAAAGUCCCACCUGCACCCCACGACUAGUCAGAAACACAAGGAGAGCCUCACCAGCAGAGCCCGGCACUUCCUCGAUAGGCUGGUGGCCAGGAACAGCAGCAAAGUGGCCCUCAAAGUCCGUUCCAAGUCCUGCCAUGACCUGUCUGUGCUCUGAGAGCCACGGUCCUGUUCCUCCGCACACGCCAGCUGGGACUCUGCUCUCUGCAGUGUGACCAGUGGCUCUGUGGAGAGCUCAGACAGGGCUGGAGUGAUGCUGAGGAUGUGGAACUGUUUUCACUGCUGAGGGAUGCAAGGGUGCUCUGGAUCUGGCCACUCUCCUCCAGGAGA